AUGGCGUCUAGCCAGCACAUCGUGAAUAGAAUUUACAAGCCAGCAGAUUAUUCCAUCGUUGCUUCAAGCCUGAGCGAAGAACUUUGCAAUUGUUGCUGCUGGCUGGCCGGGUGGAGCCGGGUGUCAGGACAGGGGUCCUACCCCAAACCCUCCAUCUCCGUCAGCCCCGGUGGGGUGAUCCCCGUGGGGGGAAACGUCACCAUCCAGUGUUGGCAUGAACACCUGGGCAUGAGGAUCCUCCUCUACAAGGAUGGAGCUAGGAACCAUAUGACUUACACAGACCCCACUAGUUAUGUGGCUGAAUUUCCCAUCACCAGCGCCAGACAGGAACACGGGGGCAGCUACGCCUGUCGUUAUAGCAACAGAAAAGGACCAGCUGCCUACUCGGAGCCCAGUGACCCUGUGCAGAUCAUUGUAGCAGAGCCCAGCUACCCCAAACCCAGCAUCUCCCUGAGCCCCAGCGGGGGGGUCUCCCUGGGGGGAACUGUGGCCGUCCGGUGUCGGGGGCAGCACCAGGGCAUGUGGUUCGUGCUGAAUAAAGAGCGACACCAUUUCCCACCUGUGAAUUCGGACGGGUUUGGGGCUGUAUUUACCAUCAGUGACGUGCGCCGGGAGGACGGCGGGAACUACAGCUGCUCCUAUCACAGCAGAUCGGAGCUGUUCACCGUGUCGUACCCCAGCGACCCCGUGGAGCUGGUGGUGAGAGAUCCCAGCUUACCCAGACCCUCCAUCUCCCUGAGCCCCACCGGGGUCACCGCCCAAGGGGCAGACGUCACCAUCCGGUGUCAGGGUCCACGCUGGGACGUGAGGUUCUUCCUGCACAAGGCUGGAGACCUGAACCCGCAGCGACACAUGGGCCCUGCUGGGGCUCGGGCCGGGGCCGGGGCCGAGGCUGAGUUCCGCAUCCCCACCGUGGGCCGGCAGCACGGAGGGAACUACAGCUGCAGCUACCGGCCCCAGUCAGAGCCCUUCGUCUCCUCGCAGCCCAGCGACCCCGUGCAGCUGGUGGUAGCAGAUGCUGGUUCUGAUCCCACAGAGGAAACUGACUCGGCCCAGCCUGGAGCGGCGCCGGCUCCCACCCAUCCGGGCAGCGCUGAGCCAGGCGGAUCGGAGCCACCAGGCCUGACCAUCAUCGCCGGGGUGAGCGCGGCAGCCGCCGGCCUCCUCCUCCUCCUCCUCCUCGUGGCCUUCGUCUGCUUCAGAAAAACCCGAGCCAGAAAAGCAGCCGCACGGAGACCGAGCAGCACCAGCCCCUUGGCGGUGUUGAAGGCCCCGGAUCAGCAAGACCCCGUCUACGCCUCCGUCGACGAAGGGAAAGAGCCGCAGACCCCGCCCCAGGAGCCCGACCCCGACGGACUCACCUACGCCGAGCUGAACCAUCAGGCGCUGCAGGCCAAGCGGGGGGGCCUGGCCCCUGACCCUGCCCAGCCCAGCAUGUACGCCGCGAUCAACGUGAGCCAGGGUGGCCCCCUGCAGUGA